CAUUGAGGCAGAUUGAAAUGAAGCUUGGCUGCGAGGAAAGACUGCGAUCCUUGACGGAAGGCACGUCAGCGGAUCUUCCUGGAGUUGUAUUAGCUGCAUUGAACAGAAACGGAAUCUUUUACAGCCAAUGCCAUGGCAUCAAGACAGCGGAAUCGAGAGAGCAAAUCACUAUCCACGAUGCCUUUCGCGGAUUUUCUUGCACGAAGCUGAUUACAACUAUAUCUGUUUUGCAAUGUAUCGAAAAGAAGAUGAUCGGUAUCGACGAUGAGGUGGAAGACAUACUGCCCGAGCUUAAAGACCUGCACAUCAUAUCGCCGGACCCUAACGGAUCCUUCAACCUCGAAAGAGCUAGGAACAAAAUAACGGUUCGGCACUUACUUACCCACACCAGUGGCAUAUCGUAUGACGCCAUGCAUCCACUGCUCGUAGCAUGGCGACAGUCGCGAGGUGAACAGCCCUUGGUGAUGAGUGGGAAGACUAUCGAAGCCUUUUCACUGCCCCUUCUGUUUGAGCCCGGGACCAGCUGGGUCUACGGUGCUAGUUUGGACUGGGCUGGAGUGCUGGUGGAGAGGUUGAGCAGCAUGAAGCUCGCAACUUACAUGGAGGAGCACGUGUUCAGCCCCCUUGGACUUAGAGACUCAACCCUUCACAUAACCGCAAAGCCGGAUAUGCGAGGGCUGCUAGCUCAAAUGUUCUUGCGAAACAAAGAGGGGAAGCUGGCUCCUAUUCCCUCACCAUACCCAGAAGAUGCACAGGAGAGCUCCGGUGGGAUGGGGCUGAUCACUACCACCUCAGACUUCCUCAAAGUCUUGACGGACCUACUCAAGGACAAUCCAGUGCUCCUCAAGGCCGAAUCCGUGACAGAAAUGUUCACGCCUCAGUUUCACCAAGGCACCGUUCAAUACGAAGGGUUGAUCAAACAAGAGUCUUUGCAUAAACAAUUGACGGGAGACGAUACGGGAUGCCCCGGAGUAGCAUUCGGGCUGGGGGGCAUGGUCGUCAGACAGGAUACGCCUAAUCUCCCCGCAAAAUGUCUGACUUGGAAUGGGCUGCCUAACGUUGGGUGGUUUAUUAACCGAGAAAGGGGUCUUGGAGCUAUCUAUGUGAGCCAAUUGCUUCCCGCGGGAGAUCCGAAGAGUGUGGAGCUCCUCGGGGAAUUCUGGCGGGAGCUUUGGGCUGUUCAUCUUGCAAGGCAGUAAUUUCACUUGAAAGUGUGCAAAAGAAGUUGACGAAUU